CUCAGUGAAGAUGUCAAGUUUGGAUCCCGAGCUGUCAAGAAUUGGACAAAGAAAAGUUAAUGGGCCAAGCCACUAGGGACUUGACCCAAUCGGCUAUAUGCAGCCCAGUCCAGCAGCUACCCAAACCAGCAGAGAAUUCAACGGAGUAUGUGUAGUGGAAAGGGGAUUCCAACUGGGAGACAACAAGAGCAGCGUACGAGGCUGAAAUUCUGGAAAUUUGGAGUCAUAAUCCUAGACGAAGGUCUGAUUUCCAGCCCUAUAAAUGCGGCAGAUAGCAGCGGCGAAGGAGGGGGCUUCUGGAACGGAAAAAGAACAGCAACAGACCAACGGACGCAAGGCAGCUCUCGACCAGAGUUCUUCUUCCAGCGCCAAUUCUGGGAGACGGAACGCACAAAAGAAUAAAGCAAAGCGACCAGAGAUUGUAGACAUGGAGAAUCAGAAUAACGAAAAUAAUGGAAAUCAUGGGGAUGGUGAAAACAUUGUGAACAAUCAGAACCUCACCAUCAGGAAUUUGGCCACACCAAACCUUGAUCAUCAACCACUCUGCAUUCAAUAUCCGACGUUGAAUGCACCCCUAGAGCUCAGGUCAGGUUUGAUUCAACUUUUGCCAAAGUUUCAUGGAUUGUCAGGAGAAGAUCCACAUAAGCAUCUAAAGGAGUUUCAUGUUGUCUGUUCCACCAUGAGACCUACUGGAGUACCUGAAGAUCAUAUCAAGUUAAGGGCGUUUCCAUUCUCUCUUGAUGCAACCAGGACUGCUGUUUUGGGCAAGGAGAUAUGCGGUAUCAAGCAGAUGGGUGGAGAGACUUUAGUGGAUCGAUCCCCUUCAUUGGAUCGAUCCUCUGGGAGUUUUUCUUCUAGUUGGAUCGAUCCAGAGGGCUGGAUCGAUCUUCCGAAACUCUGGUCCGAAAUUUUGUCUGAAAUUGCUAUUUUUGAGCUCUAAAAUCCUAUUUUUGAUAUCAAUUGAUUAUGAUUAUUAUAAAAAUGAUUUUUCACAACAAAAAUGAUGUUUUUAACAAAUUAAAACAUUACGUGAUGCAUGACGGUAAGUUCGGGUGUUAACACUCGAGACUAGGCCGCUAAUUGUUAUUAAAUGUUAUGUUGAAUG